AUGUCUCACCCAGCAGAGCGCUCUGGCGCUGAUGCGCCGCUGCUGCGCCCAUCCUCAUCCUCAUCCACCCUCAGCUCUUUUCGCUCCGACACGUCCUCGCUCAAUCAUGCCGCCGCCCGCUCCGCCCGUCGGCGAGUCCAUCAAGCCCGCCGCGCGCUCGCCUUUGUCGCGUCAAUCUGCUGUGCCAUCUCGGCUGGUGCAAUCACCGUCUUUUCCCUUUAUGGCCACCUCCUUCAGUCACGCCUCCACUUCUCUCAAUUCGAGGUCAAUGCCAUUGCCACCGCCAUGAGCAUCGCCUUGUACAUACCCGUUCCGAUCCUUGGCUACGCCUGCGACCGCGUUGGCCCGGGCCCGCUCGCGCUCUUCGCUGCCAUCUUUGGGGGUGGUGGCUAUGCUACUGCCGCCGCCCUCUUCCACCACGGCGUGUCCGAGGUUGCGAUCGGGAGCAGGUCCGGCGUCUCCGGCAUGGCGUGUGCUUUUGUGGCCAUUGGCAUGGGCACGGCAGGCAUGUACAUUGCGGCAAUCACCACCUGUGCGAAGAACUUUGGCAAGGGCAGGUAUCGCGGCCUCAUGCUCGUGGCUCCUAUUGCCUCUUUCGGCCUGAGUGCCAUGCUCUUGUCCCAAAUCGGCAGCAAGCUGCUCCGUGAGCGCCACGAAGAUGGAACCGUUGGUGAUGUGGAUGUUUUCAAGUUUUUUGUCUUCUUGGCAACAUUGUUUACCGUCGUUGGACUGUUCGGGUUUUUUGCUCUGAGAGUCUUGGACGAAGAGGAUCUCAUCGACGACGCGAUCGAGGAACUGGAGCGCAGUGGCCUGUUGACGGGCAGCGAGGUUUUCCAUCGUCGUGCGGAGCGCAGCUACGGAGCUAUCGACGAGGCCACUGCGGGAAGUGACGCCGCUAGCCUCGUCAAGGAUGACGAAGAUGAGGCGGCGAGACUAAAGAAGACUUUCCUCCUCAAUGCGGAGACGAAGAGGUUCCUCACCGAUCCCACCAUGUGGUGGUUUGCCGCGGGAUUCUGGCUGAUCAACGGCCCGGGUGAGGCCUUCAUCAACAAUCUUGGCACGGUGAUCGGCACGCUGUACUCUCCAGACGAUCACGGUGCCCGGACCACAGCCGCCACUCAUGUCUCCAUCAUGGCUGCUGUGAGUACACUUGCGAGGCUUCUGGCCGCCUCCCUGAGCGAUUUACUGUCCCCCACGCCGCAAAGUCAGCACGUUCAGGUCGGUGCUUCUCAUGCUUCCGAGCCUAGUACCGCUGGUCGCACCUUUACAGUGUCUCGCGUCGUCCUCUUCAUCGCAGCAGCUGUCGCGCAGUCCAUUGGCACCGGUUUCCUGGCAGCAGGUGGUGCGCAAGGCCACGGCGACCGGUUCUGGGUUGUGUCGGGCUUUGUGGGAGCCGGCUACGGCGCCGUCUUCAGCAUCACACCCAUCAUCAUCACGAUCAUCUGGGGUGUCGAGAACUUUGGCACAAACUUUGGCAUCAUUGCCCUCACGCCCGCCGCCGGCUCGACUAUGUGGGGGCUGAUUUACUCUGCAGCGUACCAGGCCGGCGCAAGCAGCAACCCGCCGCUCACCUCGGCCGAUGGCACCGCCGAAGACGACAUCUUCUGCCACGGCACACAGUGCUAUGCUGGCCCAUUCUGGGCCAUGACGGUGGCGACGUGGGUAGGCGCAUUGAUGGUGCUAUGGGCAUGGAAGGGAAGGAAUGGCUGGGCAGAGCGUGGUGUCGUGAUCUGA